AUGAAAAGCACAAUUCGCUGUCUCCGGACUUUUCGUUCGCAACCUUUCAAGGGAGGUGCUGAAUCAAACACGAAAGCCGCACAAUAUCGACGCGCUCUAGCUAAUCAUCCAUUUCUUUUGUUCGGACUGCCCUUCUUGGCAACCAUGGUGGCAGGAUCAUUCUUUUUGACUCCAGUAACAGCAGUGCGGUACGAGAAGCAUGACCGCAAGGUACGACGAAUGACACGAGAGGAAGCUCUCGGUAUCGGCAAGUCUGGCCGAAAGGUUGAUAUGAAAGAAGAGUAUUACAGACUCGCAGCUAAGGACCUAGACGACUGGCAACAGAUAAGGGUCAAAAGAUUACCAGGAGAACCAGACGGAAAGCUUUAA